GGAAGGCGGGUGGGCAUCGGCUCUUAGGGACCUGUAGUGGCUCUAAGCUUGUCACUUCUCUUUGCGAGAACUUUAAUAAUAUAUGCUAGGUACUAUAAUAUACAUGUAUGUAUAUUAUCUAUAAUAUUAGCAUGCUGUAAAUAUAGAACUACUUCAGUAAAAUAGUAUAUAUAUAUCAAUGUAAUAUUGACAGUAUAUAAAUAUGAGUAGCAAUACUGUCAGAGCGAUGUUUUCAAGCAUGGGCUUUUAUGAACGAAACGCUUUCAGCGAGCGAGGUAAAGAUGUCGAAGUUGUGGAGCACAGUAGCUAGAGCAGCAGGGCUUUUGGAUCGGACCCGGGUUCCAAAGUCUGGCCCCUGGACUCGGCAGAGCUCGGGGACGUCGGGGGAUCCCAGAACCUCUCUGAGGCCUGCCUUCUUUUUCUGUGAAGGGAGUCUGAGCCUCUGCUGCCUCAACCAGAUCCUGAAUGUCAAAAAGCGCUGGGUCUGUUGGAUGCAUUUGAGGACGACGGGAACUUUGGGUGACGCUGGCCCUCUGGACGAUACCACCUAUGAAAGACUGGCCGAGGAGACGCUGGACUCCUUAGCAGAGUUUUUUGAAGACCUUGCAGACAAACCUUACACAUUUGAAGACUAUGAUGUCUCCUUUGGGAGUGGUGUUUUAACAAUUAAACUGGGUGGAGAUCUAGGAACGUACGUGAUCAACAAGCAGACGCCAAACAAGCAAAUCUGGUUGUCUUCACCAUCCAGUGGCCCCAAGCGUUACGACUGGACUGGGAGAAACUGGGUGUACUCCCACGACGGUGUGUCCCUCCACGAGCUACUGGCCACAGAGCUGACUCAAGCCUUAAAAACCAAACUGGACUUAUCUUCUCUGGCCUACUCUGGAAAAGGCACUUGCUGCCCAGCCUAAUGCUAAAGACAUUGAAAGCUCUAAAGCCAAGACCCCAGCUUCGUUCUGCAGCUGAAUGGCUAGUCUUUUCCAUUCCUGCUUUUGAGGACAGUUGCAUUAUGUGUAACGGCUCUGUGAAAAGACCGUGUCGCCUCCUGCCCUUCCCCUGAGUUCAGAUUUUUAAUUUCCAUAGGUUUCUUUGGAUUUAUUGUCUGAUUUCCUCCCUCACGUGAUAGCCCUUAUCUUUCGUAAUGUCUGUAUGCCCAUACCUUUAAUAUAUAACCUCACAACAAAGAAAAAGAAGAAAGACAGAUUCCAGGAGG